CGCACAUUUAUCUACCUACACACUCCGCAAAGUGUGGCGAUUCCGUACUCGAAGGGUGAAUUUUCUGUCCGCAAUCUAUUGCGGAUUCUGUGCAUCGUGUGCGCUUGUGAAACCUCUUGUCGUCCGAAGCAUCUUUCCACACUGCCGCGGCGGCGGAUCGGCGUCUCGCGGAUCUGAUCGGCCCACCGCUCUUUGACGCACACGGCUCUAUCUGCCUGCGAAAGACACACAACGCUCUGCAGCUCAGCAGCAGUAGCAGCGGCAGCAGCCAGAACCGGAACCCGGAUAGGGCAUUCUGCAGAUGAAAACGUACAAAUUUAUGUGACUUAAAAUUAUCGAAAGUUAACACAAAGUGGAAAAAGAUAUCAACAUGACUGUUGCUGUGGCGGAGAAGCAAUUUUUUCGAGAACAACCAAGAAAAUAACAACUUGAAAACGUAUAACAAGUGUUCGAAUAAUAAUAACAACUAAACAUAUGAUUAUUACGAUCAAAAACUGAGAUUGCUUAAGAAGUUGAACGAAGAACUGGUCGCUGUGCGCUGUGUUUGUAAGUGUUGCAAAUAAAAACGUGCCCUAGACGGAUGAUCAACAAACGGUUUUGAAGCAUGAUGCAGCUGGAAAUAAUAUCUUAAAACAACAGGACAUUCAACUUACAAAUAUAUUGUAAAAACAGUAUAAACGUUCUGCAAAAACGCCUCCCUCUAAACAUAAGCAGCGCAUCCACCGGAAGAUCGGAACUCCUCCCCAACUUGACGAAGAACGACGACCCCUGUGCGCGACAGUAUGUCGUCGGUACGAGACACGGCAUCCUUCUUCACCCGGGGCAACUCGGCCCAGUUCGAGUACGUGCUCGCCCUCUACCCGCAGGUGCUGCAGCUAAAGGCGAACAGCAAAUGCAAGAAGCCGGACGAGCUGAUCAAGCUGGACGACUGGUACCAGAACAAGCUGCCCCAGCUGAUCAAGAAGCGGGGCAAGGACCAGUACAUGCUGCACGAGGAGCUAGUCAAGACGAUGAAGUGGAAGCAGACGCGCGGCAAGUUCUUCCCGCAGCUGUCCUACCUGAUCAAGGUGAACACACCGCGGGCGGUGCAGGCAGAGACGAAGAAGGCGUUCCGCAAGCUGCCCAACCUGGAGCAGGCCAUCACGGCGCUGUCGAAUCUGAAGGGAGUCGGCACGACGAUGGCUUCGGCCCUGCUGGCUGCGGCCGCUCCCGAGACCGCACCGUUUAUGGCGGACGAGUGUCUGAUGGCGAUACCGGAGAUCGAAGGCAUCGACUAUACGACGCGCGAGUAUAUGAACUUUGUGCAGCACAUCCAGACGACGACGGACCGGUUGAACCGCGAGUGCCACCCGGUACCGGCUGGCGAAGAACCCGCACAGGAUAGCAGUAACACCCCGGACGCUUCGGCCGUGAAAGGUAACGGAAACGGGACGUCUGCCGAGGCGGAAGCGGAUGCUAGUGACGCCGAGGACGACAGCACGAACUCGUCCAACGAAGGCACGUCCUCCGCGGAGAAGAAGAAGAAUCAACCCGACACGACGAACGACACGUUGAAGGCGCACGAGAAAAAAUGGUCCCCUCACCGGGUGGAGUUGGCUCUGUGGACACACUACGUCGCCAGCGAGCUUCAGCCGGACCUGUUGGAGAACAUUCCGGAGGAGGGCCGGAACAGCACGAACGACACCAAUGCGUCCUCGAGCUCGGGCAGUAAUCACAACAAAUCGGACUCGCCGGACUCGGCGACGAAGACAAACGGUGCCACGCUGGCAGAGGAACCGUCGGACGAAAGUAACUCGGCCACCGAACACGGGAAGAGUGGGCCCGUGUCGGACGAGUCGUCCAAGCUCGGACUGGACAGUCUAGACGAGUGUACAAAGUCGGAGGACAGCAUGGAAAAGCCGAGCACCACCACACCCGCUUCUACUACUGCUACUACUACUACUAUUUCUUCUACAACCACCAGCAGUCGUAAAAGGCCUGUGCCCGCCAACGUUCGAAGAAACACGAUGUAUAGCAACCUCAUAAGCGCUAGCACGACUCCCGCGCCGACGACGACGCCUGUGCGUGCGUCCGAGCAUUUGCUGAGCAGUUCCAAACGACGAUCGGCUGACGGGGAGCGAAACAGUUCCGGCGAUGAUGAUGAUGAUGAUGAUGGCGAGGCAUCUCCUCGGCUCAGCAAGCACACUAAAAUUGGAUAAACUCCAACCGGGUGCCGGGGUAGCCGACGGACUGAAUGUAGUAAGCAGUAAAACAGCCGUUGCUGUAAGUUAGUUUUCGCUCGUUUGCAAAACACUCGAUACCUGCGGGGCUAUAAGGUACUAGGAUGCUUAUUUAUUCUACACUGUGGAUGUGCGCCGUCGAUUUUGUUCAGUACUAUCGUCAAAAGGUCUUUAUGUUUCAUGUUUAAUAUAAGAACAUGUUAUUACAUUUUUUUUUUAACUAUCUUAAACCUUCGCUGUUGGAAACUAAUCCUAGGUUCAAUGCGUGAAGAUCAUUAGUUCAACAAAAUCGUUGUGAAAAAUAUCAGAAAUGGCGUAAAGUGGGUUACUUUUUCUAUACGCGACGGACAAAAGAAGUUAAGUAAUCGGUUUGGUACUGAUCAGAGUGUUUUAGAACACUUUCUUUCAUUUCGCGCGUUUAGAACGAUCAAAUUUACUUACGGUGUUAUGUUUUUCCUUACCCAUGUGAAACGGACGAAGUACGUACAAAUGUGUCAACGACAACAGGAUGGUUGGUUGCAUUGAAGUAGUAUCGUUAUUUUAAAGUGCUCUCCCACAAUUGAUUGUAUAAAUAGUUGCUCGGUAGCACAUUCAAAAGCUAGAGACAGUUUUAAAUCGCCUCGUAGACUUCGUUCAUAGCCCGAAACACUGACAGAGCUGUUCGUUCAACACAGAAAAUGAAUAUUUUCGAUCACAUCUCUGUAGACAUUCCAAUGGUUUUGGGAUUCUGUUCUUCUGACGCAGCAAGACGCUGAAAUAUCUUUGGCAAAGGAAAACUAGCUGGAAAGCCCAGAUAAAAUAUUUAGAAUCGUUAGCUAUACGUUGUAACUGGCGUCCAGUAGCGAAGAAUGUCUGAAAAAGCAGCGAAACCAAAUCAAGUUUUUGAAAGGUAUGUUGAGAAAUUUCAAUUUAAAGAAAAACAAUCCACAAACGUCUGUAACUUUAUUUUAGCUAGUUUUUUUAUGAUUUGACGAACUUCUUGCAAACGUUACUUGUUAGAAGUGAAAAUAAUAUUAUUCUUACUUUUCGUAUACUAAAUGCACCCCCAUAAGCUAACCACGCAAACAUACAUCAUCUUCUAUGUUAAUGGUAAUAUUUUAAAUUUCUUUCGCAUCUUGUGUAAGUUUGCCUAAAGCAUCUACAUAGAGAUGCGUUUAGUGACUCUGCCAGUUUAUUUAUUCUUCAUUAUUCGCUAUUUUCCUAUCAAUUAUUUUUAAGCACCUUUCAGUUUCGAUAAGUUCGGUAUUGUACGAUGAAAAUAUUCCAUAGAUUGAGCGUUGGUAUUGGGUGGUUCGAGAAAAACGAAUGCCAACACAAAAGUAUGAAUAAAUCUAAAUUAAAAUUUACAAUAAAGAUAACAGAAUCAAACCCUCAUUGAACAGUUCGAAAAAGGGAACUCAACAUCACAGACAUUUUGCAACUAUUACGAUACAAAGCACCGUAACAAAUAGAAACAUAUAAAAUAGUAAUAGAAGUAGCGUAACGAUCGAAAUAGGUUUAUAGGAAAGUACCAUAGACUAAUAGGUGAUUAGGAACACUAGCUGGCAACAAGCCGGAACCCGGCCGCAAACACAACCUGAAAGACACCCACACCCACACCGAAAGACAAAACGAGAGGGAAGGCGAGCGGGAAACGAAGCAAAACGUUGAUGAAUAAAUAGAAAACUGUAACAACAACAAAAAAAAACAACAGCAAACCACUAAUAGCCUUCAAACUAAAACAAGUUAAAGUAAUCGAAUGAAUCCUAAACUCUUCAUCAAAGUGAAUCAGGAAAGCGUUAAACGAAUCGACAAGUAUACCUGCAGGAACAGAAAAUUCGCAAGUAGGGAAACCCUACGGCAGAAGUUGACAAAUUCUUAUUCAUAUAGAUAUCGUAAGGAAGCAAAAUUCAGCAACACAUUGUCGCAUAUACAUUCAUCUGGCAAUGGUCUACUGCGGAGACGCAACUUUCUACACGAGCGAAACUGGAAUCUAGACUUAAGUUGUAAAAGGAGGACGGUAGAGAAGCUAACAAGCACAGCCCAGCAUAAGCAUGUGUAAUGAGAGAAAAAAAGGGAUGAGUUGGAGGGAUAUUUGGCAUGGAAAUAAAUAACUUUCAACCGAAAUUUGUUUUGCUAAUA